UGUUCGCUUGUCGAAGCACAAAACGAGAAGGUGACAAAUCUCUCAAAAAAAGGCAUCAAAAUGCAAAGAAUCGGGACUUGGAAUGACGGGCAUGGUGAAGCGGUACUGUCCCUUGAUAUUAAUAGUUUAGGAAUCCUGGCAUCUGGUGGAGAAGAUCGUCUUUCUGUCUGGACAAGUGAGGGUGUUCCUAUGACCAAAAUUAGCCCUCCAGCCACAGACUCCAGCGAAGUUACAAGCGUCUGUUUCUGUCGACGUAACGAGAAUCGCCUGUUCGUUUCUUCAGGGAAUAAAGUCUUCCACUACGAUUUAAGAUCCUUGGAUAGUCCAGUUUCUGAGUUUCACUUCAAUGAAGAUGAAAUUAACCAACUGGUCAUCCAUGAUGGCGGGCAGUAUCUUGCUGCCUGUGACGACACUGGUGCUGUAAAAGUCAUCGAUACGCGUCAAAACAAACUCUUUAAAACCCUCAGUCGAGGCCAUGGUAAUAUUUGUUCAACGGUUCAGUUUAGGCCUCAAAGGCCGUGGGAUUUAGUGACAGGCGGAAUGGACUACAAAGUAGUUUACUGGGAUUUCUCGUCUGGUCGUGUGCUCCAGGAUGAAGACAUGCAACAGGGAGUAGAGUCUGGCGCCUAUUUUGUAAACCCGCCGUUUGUUCAUUCGCUUCACGUUAAGGAAGACAGCAGGAAUUUAGCUGCAGGUUUAGGGGAUGGAAGCAUCCAACUGUUUCACUUCGAGGGAAGGAAAAAGCUUAUCGUUGAUCAGAAGAUCAAGGGACACACACAGGGAGUAUCUCAAGUUCACUUUCCAAAGUUUAAACCUUCUGAAAAUAUUCUUAUAUCUGGUGGUAAUGAUGAAAAACUCAUUUUGUGGAAUUUCAAGUUGAAUGAUGGUCAGAAGACUAAUGGGAAUAAUGCAUGUGUCUUGGACCAUGAGGUGAAUCCUUUUGAAUCUUCAAACUGUACCAUUGAACAUGGCUCUAAAGUGAACUGGAUUGUUUCUCAUUCAGAGCAAAAGAACUUAGUUUUUGUUGCAGACCAGACCAACCAAAUUGCAGUUUACGAAGUUUUAUAACCCUGUCAUAUAGACUCAAGGACCAUGGAGCACCAUUUAAACUAGGGGGGAGGGGGGAGAGGUGGCUGAGAUUGGUUAUACCAUUAGUCUUGCAUUCUUUUUUUGAUGGCAGUACCAAUUGUGUUUGUAAAGAAAAUAAAGAUAUCACUGGCCUAGGAAACA